AUGAAUGAGCUUUACCGGGCCGUACAGAAGGCUACAAUAGAGUGGUUUCACAUAAAUGAAAAACGGGAUUUGCCUUGGCGACAGUCUUUUUCCUCCACCGAUGUAUUGGGAACAACCAUAGGAGCUAAUGAUUGCAUGCGCAAUCCUUACCAUGUCUGGGUUUGCGAAGUUAUGUCGCAGCAGACGCAAAUGGGCACAGUUAUUUCUUACUUUCAAAGGUGGGUAUCAAUUUUUCCCACGGUGGCUGUUUUAGCCGAGGCCUCUGAGGAGUCUGUAAAGACAGCUUGGUCUGGGCUGGGUUAUUAUCGUCGCGCUUUGUAUUUGAAAAAGGGUGCCGAAUAUGUUAUGAAGCAUUUCAAUGGAAAGUUGCCCGUCACGGCGGUUGAAUUGCAGCAAAUACCCGGUAUUGGUCCAUACACUGCUGCGGCUAUUUCAUCUAUCUGUUUUGGUGAAAAAGUUGCUUCUGUGGAUGGAAACGUUGUGCGAGUGAUAACUCGACUGCGCUGUGAGCGAGAGGUUGACCCCAAAGCUGCAAAGACCAUUAAGGCAGUGAAACAGUGGGCUCAAGAAUUGAUGGAUGAGGGGCCUUGUGAAAACCCUGGAGCUUUUAAUGAGGGUUUGAUGAAAAUUGGUUCAAGUGUGUGUAAACCUUCUGGAAGGCCUCUCUGUGAAGAGUGUCCACUUCAGCGCUUCUGCAAGUCGUAUGCUGCAAAAGCACGUGGUGACAUCGAAGCCAUUGAGGGCGUCAUUCCAUUAAGGUCCAUUGCAGCAAAAAAGAAAAAGGAAAUAGUUAUUUCUGUGAUACAUGAAUUUCGUUAUGGCUGCGUAAAUGAAGGUUUGAUGGAGAAGCGUUUUGUUGUGAUUCAAAGGCCUGAAGGAGGGUUAUUGGGUGGCAUGUUGGAGUUUCCGUCCACAACAUAUGGUUCAUCCUAUGACACUAUCCCCAUAGAGGAGAAAGCAGUUCUAAAUUCACUUAAAAAACUAGAUGCUGAAAAUGGUGCCGUGAGAUAUUUGGGCUCUGUUCGGCAUAUAUUUUCUCAUAUAGACAUGGAAGUGCUCAUUUAUUACGCGUUAUGGAAGAGCCCAAAACCAUAUCCUGGAACAGAUGACGUGGGCAUAAAGUUGAAAGAAACUGAUAGCUACAUAAAUGAAGAGGCCGUGUGUGCUUCUCUAGUGAAGGGACUUGCUGUGUCUCCCUCGCGUAUUUUUGUUAAGACCGAGGAAGAGAUUAGAAAUUCUUCUGCUACCCGUUUGCUCCUUAAGAUAUUCCAGAAGUUGCUUUUGGCUGAAAAAUCCAAAAGAAAACUGGAGUCGAUGUCGAUUUGGAAAAACUUAAGAAAAACCGGUGAUAAGUAA